AUGGAUGGUCUCUCCAUCAGUCCCUUUAUAGCCAGCCUUCCCAAGGUUGAGCUUCACAUUCACAUCGAAGGAACUCUCACACCCUCCCUCCGCUGGGACCUUGCACACCGCAAUGGAAUUGAUCUCCCCUACGCCACACUCGACGAUCUCAAGGCUUCGUACGCCGUGACAUUGAAUCACCGCCCCGAGCUCAAUGGACGCCAACCCGGCAUCCCAACCUUCCUAGAAGCCUAUUUUGCCGGCUGUGAAGUUCUGCGCACCGAAAACGACUUUUACGAUCUGGCCAUGGCAUAUCUUACCCGCUGUGCCGCGAUGAACGUGCUCUACACCGAGCCCUUCUUCGAUAUCCAGGCGCACACACGUCGCGGAGUCCCUGCAACCGCAGUCCUUAACGGCUACCUACAGGCACAGCAUGAUGCGGCGGCGAGCCUCGGCGUGCAUUCUCAAUGGAUCCUGUGCUUUCUCCGCGACGAGCCUGUGGAACAGGGUCUAAAGGCCUAUGCGGAGGCGAGACCGUGGGCAGCGGGAAAUGUUAAAGAUGGGAAAGGAUUAUUCCAUGCCGUUGGACUAGCCAGUAACGCGUAUGAGAGGCCGCCGAUGCUUUUCGAAGAAGGCUUUGCUCUUGCUCGUGCGGACGGUCUGCAUGUUACUAUGCACUGUGAUUUCGGGCAAAAGGACACGCAUUCGCACAUGGAAGAGGCGAUAUACCAGGUGUGUGGUGGCAAAGGGGCAGAGCGAAUCGACCACGGGCUUGAUGCCGAGGAUAAAGAAGAACUUUGGAGAGGGCUUGUGGAUCGAAAUAUUGGUCUUACUCUGUGCCCGCAUGCCUACCAUCGCAGGACUGCAACCGAGGUUUUGUUUCCGAAAAUCCGAAGGCUUUGGGAAAAGCGGGUAAAGUUUUGCAUCAAUAGCGACGAUCCUACGCUCAUGCACGACGUUUGGAUUGAUGGUAAUAUGCAAAAGGUUUAUACGUACGGCGGGUUUAGUAAGGGCGAAAUGAUAAUAUUGGUGAGGAAUGCUGUGGAUAUGUGUUGGGCUGAUGAUCAUAUCAAGCAAGCCCUUUAUGAGAAGCUGGAUAGCAUCGAAAUGUAA